AUGUUGCCUGUUUGUAAUAUUAUCGAAUAAAAAAAGGUGAUGAGAAGUAUUUUAAAGAUUAUUUGAUUUGCAAUGUUACUGAUGAAUCAGAAAAUUACACAUGCUUUGGAUGUUAACAUUAUUCAUAUAAAGAAGGAAUAAAUUUAUUUAAUUCGAUUUUUGGUAAGAUGAUCUAAUAAUAGGUUGUGCAUACACUUUAAAUAGUUGUGGUCAGUUUUUCUUAACUAGUGGGUUUAGGGGCAGAAAUGCAAAAAACCUCUAUAUUAAUGGGUUUAUUACAUUAUAAUGAAUAUGAGGCGACUAAUAUUACUUAGUAUUAAUUUAGAAUAUUUAGUUAUAUAUCUAUAUCCUCAAGUUCUCUAUAUUUAAUUUUUCUAUGUCUAUUUUGUGGAAAUGAAAUUGGCCUUGUUGAUGAUUAGGCUAUAUAAUUAUUUUUUCCUUUUAUAGUAAUUUUAACUGAUAUUGGGAAUUAUCUAAAUAGAACUAUUUAUGACUAAGUUUUUGUUUUAAUAACAAUAAGUUUAGAAUAUAUUUGGAUCAUUUUAUUAACCUUGAAAUAUGAUAGAUCUAGGAAUCAUGAAAUAGAAUCAAAGAAAAAAGAGAUUACUAUAGAUGAACACCUGAUUAAUUAUAAAUUAAAAACUUAAUCUUCUACAAGUUUACUUCAAUAACUAAACAAUAAAGAAAAUUCGAAAUAUUCGCUAUUAUGGAUUGUAUUAUCUUAAUUAUUAUUACAAUCAACACUUUUUUUUUUAAGGGGAGGAAACCCUAUUUAAUUCAUAAAAUUCAAAUAUAGUGGUCUAUUAUAUUGGAUAAUAACAGGAGUCAUUUAUACAUUUGGUUUUUUAAUUUCAUAUUAUCUUUACAUAAGAUAAGCAAAAGAUUAUAAGAAACAUAUGAAUGAUGAUCCCAAUUUUUAUGAGAUUCGACCUUUAAAUUAAAGUCUAUUAUUGAUUUUGAUUGGUUUGGUCUCAUUUUUUUUUAGUGGAAUUAGUGGAGUAGGAGCUGGAUUAAUUUUAAUUCCUAGUUGUAUUUUAAUUAAACGAUUUCGAAUGGGCAUCUUAAAGGCUAUCAGAACUAUGGUUGUUGUUUAAUUUCUAAUUGAUAUUUGUGUAAUACCAUAAACAAUUUAAAGUAAUCUGAUUUUAAGUUAAAUUUAGAUUAUAAUUCUUUGGAAAUAGAUGAUCAACUAUUUUAUAUGCUAAUCGGAAUCAUAUCUUUUAUUCUAACUAUUCUGUUUCACAAAUUUCUUAUUAAAGAAUCAUACCAACUUAAUUUGAUUCUUAUUAUUAUUGGAUUAUUUGCUUUUGAUUUUAUUAUUGGAAUUUAUUAAGCAUACACAUUUGAGAGUCCAAUUAAAAGAAAUCCAUAUUUUUCAAUUUCUAUUGAUGAUUGUUCUAUAAAUUGUAAAUUUAAAUUAAAAAAAUGA